CGGGUGAAGAAACCAAUGCAUUUCGGCGACCGCCGGAAACUGAAAAGCCAUCGAUCGACGGAGAAAGCGAAAAGAGAGAGAGAUGAGACUCGUCGUCUCAAGCUGUCUACUAGUUGCAGCUCCUUUUCUCUCUUCUCUGUUACAAGUUUCACUCGCCACUGUUGUCCUCAAUUCCAUCUCCGCCUCUUUUGCCGAUCUCCCUGCUAAAUUUGACGGCUCCGUGACCAAAAACGGAAUCUGUGGAGCUCUGUACGUCGCAGAUCCUCUCGACGGUUGCUCACCGCUGCUCCACGCCGCAUCAUCCAACUGGACACAACAGAGAACUACUAAGUUCGCUUUGAUAAUCCGAGGCGAAUGUUCUUUUGAGGAUAAGCUGCUCAAUGCACAGAACUCAGGUUUUCAAGCUGUGAUUGUCUAUGACAACAUUGACAACGAAGAUCUCAUCGUUAUGAAGGUGAACCCUCAGGACAUUACGGUUGAUGCAGUCUUCGUUUCAAAUGUCGCCGGUGAGAUUUUAAGAAAGUACGCGAGAGGCCGAGAUGGUGAAUGCUGCCUUUAUCCGCCAGCCAAAGGGAGCGCUUGGACUGUGCUGGCCAUCUCAUUCUUCUCUCUCCUUCUCAUUGUCACUUUCCUGUUGAUUGCCUUCUUUGCACCCAGACACUGGACCCAAUGGCGAGGGAGGCACAACAGGACCAUCAGGUUAGAUGCAAAGCUCGUCCACACUCUCCCCUGCUUCACCUUCACUGACUCUGCUCACCACAAGGCCGGAGAAACAUGUGCUAUAUGUCUUGAGGAUUAUAGAUUUGGAGAAAGCCUCAGACUUCUCCCCUGCCAACAUGCUUUCCACUUGAGUUGCAUCGACUCUUGGUUGACAAAAUGGGGUACAUCUUGCCCAGUGUGCAAGCAUGACAUAAGAACCGAGACUAUGUCUUCUGAGGUACAUAAACGAGAGAGUCUGAGAACAGAUACAAGUAGAUUUACCUUUGCUCAAUCCAGUCAAAGCCAUUAGAUUUGUUGUUAUCGGCUUAUAGCAGCUGAACACACAUAUCAGUGCUCGGUUACGUGGAUCAGGUCCAGGUUCGCAUCCUAUAUUGAAUGGUUAAUCAUGGUGGGGUAAGUAUAGGUAAAGUGACUGGAUUUGCCAUAGUGGUCAAUGCUGUGCUGGUUUUCCCAGAUCAAUAAGAUCUGAGUUGCUUU